CUGGACCCAAACACUGCUGAUCCACGACUCAUCCUGUCUGAAGAUCUGACCAGUGUGAGAGAAGAAGAGGACCGAGAGGAGGAAAGAGGAGGAAGAGGAGGGAGAGGAGCGAGAGGAGGAAGAGAGGGAGAGGAGCGAGAGGAGGAAGAGGAGGAAGAGGAGGAAGAGGAGCGAGAGGACGAAGAGGAGGAACAGGAACUUCCUGAUAAUCCAGAGAGGUUUGAUGACUGCUCAGUCCUGGGCUCUGAGGGCUUUGACUCAGGGACUCACAGCUGGGAGGUCCAGGUUGGAGACAAUACAAGCUGGGAACUGGGUGUGUUCGCAAAGUCUGUCCAGAGGAAGGGAGACAUAGAGUCUGGAUUAUGGAGAAUAGAUUAUUAUGAAGGUGAAUACUCAGCAUGGUCACCAUCAGGUCCAGAAACUCCUCUCCUCCUGCAGAAGAAGCUCCAGAGGGUCAGAGUGAGUCUGGACUGGAACAGAGGACAGCUGUCGUUCUCUGAUCCUGACACGAACACACACAUACACACCUUCACACACACUUUCACUCAGAGGAUGUUUCCAUUCAUUAGCAAUUGGGAUGUGCGCCCACUUCAGGUGUUACCAGUGAAGGUCUCUGUGACUGUAGAACAACAUGAUGAUGAAGAUGAUGAUGAUGAUGAUGAUGAUGAUGUAAGUGUUCCUUUCUCCCAAACAGUGAAGGCUUCUCAGAUGUUUGUUAGCAGGUUAACCCUUAAAGACAGAGCUGGAGGAUUCCUCAGAGAUAUGUCAAACUGUUCCUUUAAUGUUUGGUCAGGAGGCAGCUGAUGUAUUUCAGUGUUUGAGUUUAUCAGGGACCAGUCGUAUAAGUUUGUGUUCAGCUCAGUGUGAUUUUAUUUUCUGGUGACUUGUUGUUAAUAAAAUAAAUGAAAAAGAAAAGAUAGUUCUGAGUAUCUUUUUUUGGCAAAAGAGUGAAUUGACUUUUUACAGCUGAGGUUAAACUUCUCAAAUGAACAAAAACAAAACAGUUUGCAGACAGGCAGCACAAAGGAACACUAUAACAGUUCAAGGGACACAAGAAGGUGAGAAAGGUAUGAUGAUAACAAUAAAAUACAAUAUAUUAAACCUCUCUGAAAAAUACAGGAAGACAAAAGAAAGUAAUAUAAUAAAAUAGAGGAACCCUCUCCAGACGGACAGACGUGCAAUAGAUGUGUGUACGUUAAA